UGGGGUUUGGUGUAAAUCUAGGGUGUAUUGCUGUCAUAUAUCACGCAACCUCGUAAAAACGACACUGAGGAUUCUGGGCCAACAAAUCAGGGAGAAAAAAAAAUAUGAGUUCUUAUUAUGUGGAUGGUCUUCUUAGCAAAUAUACGGCGGGUAGUUCCCUCUUCCCAAACGCACAGCGGGCGUCUUGCAGUGUUGGACCCAGUGGAGAGGACUAUCCCUCGGCUCGGACCGCCGCGGCCAUUGCGUUCUCGCCAUCUCCAACUGCAGUGUACGGCGUCAAUAAUGCCGUGUACCAGAGCCGCCCCGCGUUCGCGGCAUACGGCCCCGGGCAGGACGCGCGUCCACUUCGCUGCAGCCUGUUUGACCAGAGCCGCUUGUUCAGCGACAGCUGCUGCCAUCCGGAGCCGGGACCCCUCACCUUGCCGCCGGACAAAGAAUACCGGAUGUACCCCUGGAUGAGGGCAUCAGAUCCAAACCGAAAGCGGGGGCGGCAGACCUACUCCCGGUACCAGACCCUGGAGCUGGAGAAGGAGUUCCACUUCAACCGGUACCUGACCCGACGGAGGAGGAUCGAGAUAGCCCAUGCCCUCUGCCUCACAGAGAGACAGAUCAAAAUCUGGUUUCAGAAUCGCAGGAUGAAGUGGAAAAAAGAUCAGAAGGAGGAAUCGGCGUCCGCGGCCGGGGGAGAGCGUGGUGGUACCAGGGCGGUACCGGAGCCCAGAGGGCACGAGGAGGAAGACACCCGCAGCUCCGGCGUGGAGUCAGAAACUGCUGCAAAGUAACAAAUGGAACGGAGAGAGCAACACAUGGAAAACCGUUACAUCUUGUAUGUUUCUCUCAUGUCUAUAGUCCGUUUAUGUCAUUCAUAAACUAAACGCUUUUUUGGGCUAAUUAAUACAAUGCAACUGACCACAAUAAUGAUUUUUUUUUGGUUAGUAUUCAAAUCCGAAACAGAUUCAAAGUCUGUAAAAAAGAGCAUUUAAAUGUCCCAUGUAUUCUUAUACAUUUCCGUGUAAUUUAGCUGAUCAAAAUCCUUAUGAUAGAACAUUCCUUAACGAAAAACUACCUAAUAUUUGUAUGCACAUGCUAGUAUUAAACGCUGACACCAAUGAAUUAAUGUAUAAAUUGACUGUGAGUGCUAUUGUACCUAUUCGAGUGAUCCUUCUCCACAGUUUUUCUAAAGGGAGCAAAUCUGCUGAAAGGUGCCUUAGGCCAAAGGGAAUAUUUCGUUAAACGCCUCCAACUGUGAUUUAGAUGCUUCGUUUGAUUUCCGUUAGUUAAAACAAAAAACACAACUGCGUAGAAUGCUUAUGUACCCCCUUUUUUUGCUGCAUAUUUACCCCAUUCAUAGCAGGAUCAAAGGACACAUUUCGUCGAGUGGUGACCUACCUCGUCACAUUGCUUACAAACAGGAAAACGUAAAUGCUCGGAUAUAUUAGCCGUCUACUGUGAAGUGCUCUUGCCCUUUCUACCACGCAUUUGUUACUUUCAACAAUACGCCCACGCGUAUUUAUUUUUAACAGCAUUAUAUUUUAAGCAUAAAGUCAUUCAUUUUUGUUGUUGUAAAAUGACUAGUCUAUUCUAACCUAAUUUGGACACAUACUGUGAUAUAUUUAGGUCAAGUGGCUACUUUUCCAAUGUUACCUAUAAGUAACAUGUGACUAAAUAAAUAACCUCUGGGAAUGUCUCAAGUCUGUGAAUGAAAAUAUAAUUAAAUAAAAAA